CCGGACACUGCAGUGUAGGUUACCGUGCCAUCGCUGCGGCUGCUCGCUCCCGACAACACGUCCCGCUGCAGACUUCCCGGGCUCGGGGAGAACAGGGGAGAGCAGGGAAGCGCCGAAAGCCAUGGCCGAGUCCAACCCGCUGCGGGGGUUCCCCCGUCUGCGCCGGGCCGCGACCUCAUUUCCAGGAAAUCUACAUUUGGUCUUGGUGCUCCGCCCCUCUGGCUUGUUAAGCUCUGCCCCGAGUCCGUCUUCAAGCACUGACCUGGGCUUCCGCUUCAGCCAGGAUGACUUCCUGUUAAAGAUGCCGGUGGUGAUGCUGCGUUCAGUUGGUGACCUGCUGCGCUACAUCGAUGAAAACCACCUGACAUCAGACUUCACUGCGAAAGUGGAGUACUGCCAAAGUGACUGGAUCGUCCUCCGCACGGCCAUUGAGACCUUUGCAGUGACAGUGAAGGAGAUCGCCCAGCUGCUGCAGGGCUUCGGAUCAGAGCUAUCUGAAACUGAGCUUCCAGACGAAGCUAAUGCCAUCGAGUUCCUGCUGCACUCACACACACACCGAUACCGACAGAUGAAGGAUGAUAUACGGGGCGUCCUGAAAGAAGGACGGCUGCUGCUGUCCAACCUGGAGACUGUUAAGGCCUCUAAGAGAGACGUAGAGGAGGAGAGGGACCUAAAAUCAGACAUGGACACUGUUCAGAGGCUCCUGGCUCAGCUCAGAGACAUGGAGGAGGCGUUUGACGGCUUCUUUGAGAAACACCACCUGAAGCUGCAGCAGUACCACCAGCUGCUGCACUAUGAAAUGAGUUUCCAGCAGAUGGAGGAGGUGCUGAAGAGGAUCACUGAGCAGGAGAUGGUCAUUGCGCCUGUGGGGACCACAGUGGUUCAGACAGAACAGUUAUUGAAGGACCUGGAGAUACUGGACGCACGCGCUCAGGAGGAGAUGGCUCGAGCACAGGUGGUGAUCCUGCACGGCCACCAGUUGGCUGCCAACCACCAUUACGCCCUGGCGCUCAUCGUCCAACGCUGCAACGAGCUGCGACAUUACUGCGACGUCAUCACCAAUGCCACACGCGCCAAGCGGGCCUCGCUUGCCCGAGCACGAGACCUGCUGCUUCGCCUUGAAGAUGCCCUAAGGUGGUGUGAUGAGGGCGCCUAUCUCCUGGCGAGUCAAAUGGUGGACAAGUUCCAAACCAGAGAGGGAGCUCAGGAGGCGCUGCAGUACCUGAGCUGCCACCAGGAGAGGGCGCCGUCCGCACUAAAAAACAGCCAGGACAUUGUGAGCCUGGAGUUUGAAGCCAUACUCACCCCACAGCUGCAGUCCCAAAUAUCCAUGGUAACAGAGAAGCUGAACUCGGUGCAGUCUAUGAUCAAGAACAGAGAGCAGUGUCUGAGGAAGCUGGCCGAUGUACAGGUCAGACCGAUUCAGCUGGUGGCCCCCAGGCCUGAACCUGACCAGAGUGCACAGCACUGCAAGUCACCUCUCUUCUCUCCCAAACAUGGUGUAGACUUUAACGUUCUGAACUCCAAGUUCUCCUUCGACCUGCUUCCUGGCAAGAGAGCGGCGAGGAGGAACAACAGCCAGCGCAAGAUCGAGGUAAUGCAUGAUUUCCAGGGCAACCGUGGCUGUCUGUACGGCUCCACCACUGAAACAGACUCAGAGGCAGAAGACAAUCCAGAGCAGGUCACACGUCAUAUUAUGAAGGAACUCAUAGCUACAGAGAGGAUCUAUGUGGACGAGCUGCUCUCUGUCCUUCUGGGCUACAGGGCAGAAAUGGAGGACCCAUCCAUGUCUAAUCUUCUUCCUUCAGCUCUACGUAGCCAGAAGGACGUUCUGUUUGGCAACAUGCCAGAGAUUUACCAGUUUCACAGCAGGAUCUUUCUCCAGGAUCUGCAGGGUUGCCUGGAGACGCCAGAGCGGGUGGGGGCUUGCUUCCUGAAGCGGAAAGAGAAGUUCCAGGUGUACGAGCGUUACUGCCAAAACAAGCCUCGAUCUGAGUUGCUAUGGAGACAGUGCUCUGAGUCGCCCUUUUUUCAGGAGUGCCAGAAGAAGCUGGACCACAAGCUGGGUCUGGACUCUUACCUCCUGAAACCAGUCCAGCGCCUCACCAAGUACCAGCUGCUACUCAAGGAGCUACUGAAACACUGUACAGAGGAACAUUACCGCUGUGAACUCCAGGAGGCUCUGCACUCCAUGCUGGAGCUGCUCAAGUCUGUCAAUGACUCCAUGCAUCAGAUAGCCAUCACUGGAUAUCAGGGCGACCUCAGCCAGCUGGGCCGAGUGGUGUUGCAGGGCAGCUUCAGCGUGUGGAUCAGCCAUAAGAGGGCAGCGGUGCGCAUGAAGGAGCUGGCCAGGUUCAAACCCAUGCAGAGACACCUCUUCCUCUAUGACCUCGCCCUGCUCUUCUGCAAGCGCAGGGACGACGACGCUCACGACAGGACACCCUUCUACAGCUUCAAAUCCUGCCUCAGAAUGAGUGCAGUGGGAAUCACAGAAAAUGUGAAAGGAGAUGUGAAGAAAUUUGAAAUCUGGUACAGUGGCAGAGAAGUGGUGUACAUAGUUCAGGCUCCCACUCUUGAGAUCAAAGUUGCCUGGCUGACAGAGCUUCGAAAAAUUCUCACCAACCAGCAGAAGAUGCGUCAAGAUGAGGCGCCUUAUCUUACACUUUCAGACAACCCCCUCUCUGACAGUGCAUCAGAGAUGUGUGUGUCGUGGGGUGGAGCGUCGGUGGGAGGCUGCUCAGCGUGUCUCCCUGUUCCUAACAGUUCCUCGGCAACAAGCCACUCCAACAGAUACCGGGGGGAGGAGUCCAUACACACCAGCCCCGCCCACUCAGAUCCUGUGGUUCACUCACCUCGACGCACUUGGCCUGUCCCUGCCCACUCAGUGGCGAUCUGUGAGGGCCUGGAGGACUGGGGUGCAGCUACAGACCUCUCCAACUUAUCCGACUCAGAUGAGGAGGAUCAGCCCGCCCCCCUGGUGGCGGGCAGGUACAGGGUCAUGGUAGAGAGCAGCAUGGCCAGCGCUGAUGACAUCAUCUUUAACCGUGGUGAUGUCAUCCAGCUGCUGCAUGAGGAAAUGUCAGGAAUGUGGAUGGUGAGGAAUAUAAGCCGUGGGGAAGAAGGGCGUGUUCUACCUGAGGACCUGCACAGGAUUCUGGGAGAGACCUGCUAAGAGCCAACCAGAACAGAGGAUAGCAGACACAAACGUAUUCCAUCAACUUCCUGACUAAAACGGGGAAUCUGACUCUGCCGAGACGUUCAGCAGAUCAUCAGACUGAAGCACAUCAACCGCGUAUUUUACUCUUCAAACUACUGUGACACUCUCACCUCAGAAGGCUGUAAACUACAGGAUGAACCUCAGAAGACUGUAACAAUGCAAAGCACAUAUGUGGAACCUCUUUUUUUCCCAGCAGUAACGCAGUUGAUUAUUUGGACUUUGAAACAUCAAACUUUUAUUCAUACAUACAGAAAGGACUUUUGUUGGACUUCAAGUUUUAUCAUUUCUAUUUUCUUAUGAAAUAUGACAGAAAUCAUGCAUAUGCCUACUAACAUAUCAUAACUGUUCAUGUGCCAAACAGCUCAGCUAAUUAUUGUGGCUUCUUUUUGUACAGCAGUCAGUUCUGGAGUAUAGCUUUACCUUGGUGUCAUCGUUUUUAAGGAAUUUCAGCCCUCUUUCUUUACUACAGCAGCCAGCUACAUCACCAGAUGGUAUGCAUGUGAUGUUAUUGAAUGUGAAAAUGGCCACAUGACAGAAAAAAAGGCAAGAAAAGAAGUGUGGCGAUAUUCAGUCAAGGUCAUAACAGACAUUGUGUUUUUUUUUUUGAAAAUGUCAUUGCAUACUCUCUAUCGACAUUUAGAGUGUUUUCAUACUUGGUCCUUUUCAGCCCUCUAAGCGGACUCAGAGCUGUGACUCAGCAUUUUUUGGGCAUAUGUGAACACUCCAAGAGAACUCAGACCCCUCUGAAGAGAACCGAACUCAGACCACCUCGUGGGUUGGUGUAAAUUCGGUUCACUUCAAGUCUGCGGUGCAGUUCACUUAACCUGUGCCUUGUGAACACAAAGAACUCCAGGUUCACUUUGCUCUUUCCCAUUGUAUUCAGCCCUUUAGAUCAGACGAAACCAUGUUGGCCUGUAAUGCUUGCAAGGAUGCAGGACAAGGAAUAGUUUGGUCCAGGGAAGAUACUGCACGUGUCCAGAUGUGGAAUGUAGAAUACAUCAAACAGCAACAGUCUACAGCACAGAAACGCUAAGGGUUAAUCUGAAAGUGAGGGGCUUCAUAAUCGCACUGCAGUGCCACGUCAAAGUAAAAACAAAACUAUGUCAAUGUAUAUAGGCUGUAGUGUGAACAGAAAGAGGACUGAGACCCCAUCAGAGCAGAAGUUGACCAGAGAGAGAACUGAGUCCUCUUUCAAAUGAAUCCACAAUGUGAACACAAAAAGAACUGAGUCCCUUUUCUGUUGGUCCACUUUUUAGUGCACUUUAAGAGGACCGAGUUCGGUUUGUUUAAAAAGGACUAUAUGCGAAAACACCCUUGUUGACAUGGCAGGAAAGGUGCAGGUGUAAUUAAUAACUUUAAGUCCUCAAGAUGAACCAUCUGGGUCUGUGGAAAAGUCCUGCAGUACUUAACACAGUCUUGUCGUAGCUGGUUGUUGUAAUCCAAUGCUUGUUUGAUAUAUAAAUUGUACAUAUUUCAAAUGUUAGUAAUUUUUUGUAUUUAUUCUUUAUGUUUGCUGCUGUUGAUGGUGAUAAUGUGUUAUUAUUUUUUCCAAUAUUUUUCCUUUGGCAUCUGUUAAUUUUUAUUGGUGAUAAUUCUGCAACUCUUCCAUCAGAUCUAAUCUCAUCCUCUGCCACAGCUGUUAUUACCACUGACACGAGACAAACUUUAAGUCUGUUAGUUUGCUGCUCUGCAUGGACAGAUCACUGCACAUGAUUUCUGCCUGUACUGCUAUUACACACCAACAGGGAACCGUGCUCAGUGUUAGCUAGUAACUGUAAAUACAGUAGUGUAGAACUUUAAUUGCCAGCUGAACUAUUACAGUUACAUUGUGGAUUACUACAUGAAUUAUAGAUUUUCAAUUUGGAGAGCUGAAUUAAUGAGGAAACAUUAUGGAAAAAAAACUGCCUGGUUUUAAAACUGCCCAGUCGGAUUUUCUUGACACUGUUAACAGUCGAGCAGCUUUCAAGCAAAGUGUGAAAAGUGGUUAUGAAAACACUGCCACUUUACAGCCAUCAUGUGCUGAGGGUUUAUCUCUGAAGGGCAGAUACAGUAUGUGACAGAUUUGUAGUUAACUGUGAAUAUGUAAAAAUCAAAAUUUUAGAUAUGAACCACAAUGUUGGACAAUAGUCAUCUCAAUGGUGAAACUUUUUUUGGACAGUCAGACAUUGACACUCAGCUUUCAAGUGACAAAAGGUACAUCAGAUUCAUGCAGCUGCAUCUCUGGACUGUAUAGAUCAACACUAAACCUGAGAUUAACACUGAAAAAAAGAUUCAUUUUCACAGUAUGUAACACCCACAGUGGGAACAUUGCAGUCACUUGAUUGUGAGUGCCGGACUGUCUUAAUAAUGUGACCACUAAACUCAAUGUUUAAUUUAUUUUAAAUCCACCGACCACAGGCUCUACUGUAACAUCAGAUGUUGUUAAGGCUGUAAUGUGUCUUUUCCACUGUACCUUAAACUGGUGUUUGCUGCUUUGCUUAUUUUGCACUUUUUUGAUAUUUUGAAUCAUUGUGAAAGCUUGUAUUAUAAUGCAUAAUGUAUAUGAUUAUUUUCCCAAAUAUAAGCACAGGAUUGAUUUAAUUUAACCUGACUGGUGUGAUUUCUUCAGUUAAAUUUUAGCAGGCUUAGAGGCUGUUUACAUGUACACGGUGAUUUUGAUAAACGGAGACAUCUUCCUUCAUUUGUGCCCUUCGUUUACACAC